GCGCAUGCGUUCCUCGAUGUAUACCAAGGCACAAAAGUGGCGCUAUAUCGUUUCAACCUCUACUCAGGACUCCAGUGGUAUGUCCAUGAGUUUGUUGGCAGCAGCAGGGGGACAGGAUGACACCCUGAGGCUGCUGAUAAAGAAGGGGGUGAAGGGGAACGGACGGCAGAAGAACGGCACCACUGCCCUAAUGCACACUGCAGAGAAGAACUUCCUGACCACAGUUGCUAUCCUCCUGGAGGCAGGGUCCUAUGUCAACGCUCAGACACUGGGAGGAGAGACGGCCCUGAUGAAGGCUCCUGGGCGGUCCUUUAUCUGAACGUCAUCAGUAGAGAGUCCUUUUGAGGACGAACAAAAUGGCCGGAGCGGAUUGAGUGACGGUUGCAAGACUCAUAGGACUGUGGUCCAAUUUCUCCCCCUAUUGCAUGUUUGUUUUAACUCCCCCUCAUCGAUUGAAAAUAAAUGGACUUUAUGAAU